AAUGCAAACUCAAACUGAACAAGAAACGGGAAUUCAAUCUCCGUUUUCUCUAUUUUAUCCUUCUAAAUUCGCUUUCACGUUCUUUUCCCGUUUGCUUUGUCUCCUUCAUCCUGGGUUUUCUAUAUCUCUCAAUUAAUUUAUCAAUGCUUCAAGAUAUUGCAGGAUUUGGUGCCUUUGCCUUAGCAUAUGGAACUGGACCGUGCUUCUUCUUGCAUUGAAAGAGGGAGCCAGGCGGAACAGAAAAUUUAAGAAUAUUUCACUUUCUAAGAGCUUGGAAGAGUUUGAAACACUGCAGUUUUGCCUGAAGUUAUGUAGGAUUUUUCUCCAUUGUCCAUAUUCCAUAUGGAUAAUUAGAUUUUAAUGGAUAAUCACUUGGGACCAUGAUUGUCAAGGAGCAUUCUGUUGGUACUGAGCUGGCAAUGAAUAAUGCUAAUAGGGAGGAGGAAAUAGAUUUUUCUUGUGAACCGUACAUAGGGUUAGAAUUUGAUUCUGCAGAUGAUGCCCUUAAACUUUACACUUCUUAUGCAAAUCGAACGGGAUUUAAAGUUCGGAUUGGUCAGCUCUAUCGAUCAAGAACUGAUGGGUCGGUUUCUUCUCGAAGAUUCGUGUGCUCAAAGGAGGGAUAUCAGCUCAGUUCAAGAACAGGCUGUCCAGCAUUCAUAAGAGUACAAAUAAAUGGUUCUGGAAAAUGGGUCAUUGAUCAUUUUCAUAAGGAUCAUAAUCACAAUCUUGAAAUCAAUGGUGAGAGUUGCAUUCCAACAUUGGAACAGAAGGGUGCUACAGCUAUCAAUUCUCUUACUGAAUUUCCUCGCAGGCCAAGAAAGAAAUUGCUUGAAGAAGCCACUGAUGAACCCUCUUGUCCCUUUGGCAUUAUUAAUUUCAAGCGUCUGAGAAAGGAAGAACAUCAAGGACAGUCCAGGGUUGAACCAUAUGUGGGUCAAGAGUUCAAUUCACCUAAUGAAGCCUACCAAUUUUAUCAUGCAUAUGCAGCGAAUUUGGGUUUUGGAGUUCGAAUUGGUCAAUUGUUUCGUUCUAAGAAUGAUGGAUUGAUCACAUCCCGCAGAUUUGUGUGCUCCAAAGAGGGGUUCCAGCACCCUUCAAGAGUAGGUUGUGGGGCUUAUUUAAGGAUUAAGAAACAGCCAUCAGGAAAGUGGGUGGUGGACCGCCUCCGGAAAGAUCAUAACCAUGAUAUGGACUCUGGAAAGGAAGGUAGGGCAAAAAGUCUUCCUGCUUCUAAUAUUUUGACUGAUGAGGUAGAUACUGGAUUGGUAAAUGGUGAUUUAUUUAGAAUAGAUAACUACCCUGUUCCUAGAGGUGGUAGACAAAAUCACAUUAGAAGUGAUUGGUACAGCAUGCUUUUAGAGUAUUUUCAAUCAAAACAAGCAGAAGAUACUGGAUUCUUUUAUGCUGUGGAAGUUGAUAAUGGUAGUUGUAUGAGCAUAUUUUGGGCUGAUGGCCGAUCUAGAUAUUCAUGUAGUCAGUUUGGUGAUGUUCUAGUGGUAGACACGUCAUACCGAAAAACUGUCUAUUUGGUACCAUUUGCUACUUUUGUUGGAGUCAACCAUCAUAAGCAACCUGUGCUUCUUGGUUGUGCUCUAAUUGCUGAUGAAUCUGAAGAAUCUUUCACUUGGUUGUUUCGGACAUGGCUUAGGGCAACGUCAGGCCGGCAGCCUCUGACAAUUGUAGCUGAUCAAGACAUUGCAAUCCAGAGGGCAAUAGCGAAAGUCUUUCCAGUAACCCAUCAUCGCUUUUCAUUGUGGCAAAUCAAGGUAAAGGAACAAGAGAACAUGGGUCUGAUAGGUCAUGGAUUUACAGAAGAUUACGAAAAGUGUGUUUACCAGAGUCAGACCCUUGAUGAAUUUGACACCACAUGGAAUGCCCUACUCAACAAAUAUGGAUUGAAGGACAAUGCCUGGCUAAAAGAAAUGUAUGAGAAGCGUGCAUCCUGGGUUCCAUUAUAUUUGAAGGGCACUUUUUUCGCUGGCAUUCCCAUUAAUGAAAGCCUGGAUUCAUUCUUUGGUGCUCUUUUAAAUGCCCAGACACCUCUCGUGGAGUUCAUUCCUAGGUAUGAAAGAGGUCUUGAGCGACACCGUGAGGAGGAAAGAAAAGAGGAUUUCAAUACUUCUAAUUUUCAACCCAUUUUGCAAACAAAAGAACCUGUGGAAGAACAAUGUAGAAGGCUUUACACUCUCGCAAUAUUCAAAGUAUUUCAAAAAGAACUAUUGCAGUGCUAUAGCUAUCUUGGGUUCAAAAUAUUUGAGGAAGGGGGCCUGAGCAGAUAUUUGGUGCGUAGGUGUGGCAAUGAUAUGGAGAAGCAUGUAGUUACAUUUAAUGCACCCAAUCUCAGCGCUAGUUGUAGCUGUCAGAUGUUUGAAUAUGAAGGUGUUCUUUGUAGACAUGUCUUGAGGGUUUUCCAGAUAUUGGAAUUAAGAGAAGUUCCUUCACGCUACAUCCUACACCGAUGGACGAGAAAUGCUGAGGAUGGUGUUUUUCCUGACAUAGAAUCAUGGAGUAGCUCUCAGGAACUAAAAAAUUUGAUGCUUUGGAGUCUGAGAGAAACCGCUUCUAAAUACAUAGAUGCUGGUGCAACAUCCAUUGAAAAGUACAAACUUGCCUAUGAAAUUUUGCGAGAGGGUGGGAGAAAGCUAUGUUGGCACAGGUGAACGUUCCUAUCCUCUGUGGGGUUGUGCAUAGUUGUACGAUUAAUUUUUGUAGCAUGAACUGAUUUUUGUGGUGGCACUUUAGCUCUAUAAUCAAAUACCAACAUUUUUCAUCCAUCUUAGGUACCUCUUUAUUUUUUAAGUUAAGCAAUGCAUGGAUCAGAUUGUGGUUCUACUAAUUAUUGACCUGUUCAAUGGAGAUUGGUUACUCCAAAGAUGGAGUGGUUGAUACCAGUUUUCAAAUGGGCCUAGAAACUGAGACCCUGUGCUCACGAUAAGGAGUGACGCUGUUUCGUCUUAAUUGACAUUUAAUUAUUUCUUUUGUUGGGGUUCAUCGUGAUAAAGAUCAGAGUGGUUUU